AUGAAUUAUCUUAACGGUCUAUCUUACGACAGUGGAACAUAUGUAUGGCUUAAAACCUUUGAGGAAUUAGAAAGGUUUGUUCUAGAAGCACUAAACUUGAAAGGCAAGUGGAAAUCCCCUGGAGGCGACGUUAAAGUUUUCAAAAGCGAAGGAGAAGGGGAAUAUAUGAUUAAAUGGCGCGGUCCUCGUUCAAAAAAGCUGGUUAUACAGAGUGAUGAUGCUGAAGAGAGUCUAAAGUUGAAGCUCGAAAGCUUGAUAAAUCGGGACCCGAAAGAUGUAAAUCCCUCAUGCGAAGCAUCAACGAAAGAGGUUUGUAGUAGUGUUAAUAAACUGACUGAACCAUCUGUAUCGCAGUUUGAUGGCUUGAAAGCAGAUAUUCCUACCCUAGUGGACAUUACGAGUGAUCUAAUAACUGAAAUUAACUUUAUGCGAUCUAAACAAAAAGACUUUGAGUCUGUUAUUCGCAAGCAAGACAGCGAGAUAUGUAGACUUAGCGAAGCAAAUUUGCUCCUUGCGUCAAGCUUGCGGUCUCUUGGGAAUUCAACAUUCAAAGUAAUGAAUAUCAAUCCUAUGACCAACAGUCCCACUAAUAAUAUGAGAAAUACCACCUUUAAUGACCCUACAACUACUGAUAAGGAUCCGCUAAUUGACCCUAACAUAUACACCUCCCAUACCAUUGGACCAACUUUAUUCAAUGAAUUUAAUAUCUACGACGAGUUUAGGAAUAUAGCAAGUGACCGGUCUAGCGUUCUAAACUCCGACUUAAAUCAGUCAACUGAAGACAUUAUAAAUAUAUCCCAUAAUGAAACUGAUAUACAUAAUGAGUCAGUUCUUAUUGUCAAAGAUCAACCUAGCGUCUCGAAUACCGAUCUCGUAAAAAACUGCACACUAACUGAAGCUACUAAUCUAAAUAAAGCCAGUAAAACUAAGUCAACAACGGGUAAAUUUAAUACCAGCACAUCUCGAUUAGGUAAUGGACGUUUUAACCGAAUGACACCUAAACGCCCAAAACAUUUAACCCCGUGUCCAUUCCUGAGGAAAAGAAAAUUCUGUAAAAAAGGCAAUAAUUGUGACUUCCUACAUCAGAAACCUCAAUUUUAUAAUAACAUCCAACGACCCUCCUAUAAGAUAAUGGACAAAGCUGUCUCCUCACCCAGUUUUCAUUACUCCCCUUUUCCUGUGAAUCCCUAUUAUUUCCCUCCAUUUCGAUCCCCAAUAUACCACCCCACAUCCCAACCUUUUCCAUACCCUCCUUCAUUGAUGUCAGUACAAACAACAGGAUAUUGA